GUAUGGCGUUGAAUGAGAACUCUGUCGAGCAAACGGGACUGGAAGGAGUGACCGCGGAAGAAAUGGAUCUCUUUGAGAAACAGCUCUCGCAGUGGAAAACGAGUUCUACAAGGGCCAGUGUUCCUGCUAACCCCGACCGCGUCCCGCCGUUUUUCUACCGUGUUCCAACCGACGAUGAAAUCCUGCGACAAAAACUCCGCGAAGAAGCCCGAGCAAUAUUUCUGCAACGUCGCAGUCGGAAUCUAGUGGACCAUGACGAACUCAAGGAACUCUGGAUUUUGUUGGACAAGCACAGCGAAGGCUCGGCGUCUUCCGACCGCCGGAAAAUCAAUUACCGAGAUUUCAUGAAAGUUGCUGAAGUGUACAAAGACAAGUGCAAGUCUUACUUUAAGCCGUCACUGUUCGCCCAGUUGGUCGAAGGCGAUCCCUGUGGACAGGUCCCGAUCAUUUCGAUCUUCAACUACGUCAUGCGGAAAGUGUGGUUGCAGCAAACCAGGAUCAGUCUCUCGUUGUACGAUGCCACUGGUCAGGGUUAUCUCACCGAAAGAGACAUGGAGAACUACAUUACGGAUCUCAUUCCUACAUUGCCGCAACUCGGUGGACUGGAGCCUUCGUUUCACAAUUUUUAUGCGUGCACCGCGGUGCGCAAAUUUUUCUUUUUCCUGGAUCCGAUGCGGGCCGGAAGGGUUCGGAUUCAAGACGUGCUGUCUUGCAGUUUCUUGGACGAUUUGCUUGAACUGAGGGAUGAGGAGCUGCCAAAGGAAGCGCAGGAGACGAACUGGUUUUCUGCACCAUCCGCCUUGAAAGUGUAUGGCCAGUAUCUGAAUCUAGACAAGGAUCACAACGGAAUGCUCAGCAAAAAAGAACUUCAGCGGUACGGCACUGGUGUUCUCACGUCGGUUUUCAUCGAGCGACUUUUCGAAGAAUGCCUCACUUACGACGGGGAAAUGGAUUACAAAACCUACCUCGAUUUCGUGCUUGCCCUGGAGAAUCGCAAGGAACCGCAGGCCUUGCAGUACUUCUUCCGAAUACUCGAUGUCGGCAAUCAGGGCUACUUGACCACGUUUUCGCUGUCUUAUUUCUUCCGGGCUAUCCAAGACCAGCUGAAGUCGUUGGACCAGGACCCUGUGAGUUUCUCGGAUAUCAAGGACGAAUUGUUUGAUAUGAUCAAGCCUCAGGAACCGGAUCGUAUCACUUUGAAGGACCUGUGCAGGAGUGGACAAGGAGAUGUGCUUGUCAGUGUUCUGAUUGAUCUGAACGGGUUUUGGACCCACGAGAAUCGGGAAUUGAUGGAGUCGGAAUCUGUCGAGAUUCCUGCGAAUAGUGAUACUACUGACAGCUCACCCGACAAAGAAAGCGCUUGGGUGGAAAAUNCCUACCUCGAUUUCGUGCUUGCCCUGGAGAAUCGCAAGGAACCUCAGGCCUUGCAGUACUUCUUCCGAAUACUCGAUGUCGGCAAUCAGGGCUACUUGACCACGUUUUCGCUGUCUUAUUUCUUCCGGGCUAUCCAAGACCAGCUGAAGUCGUUGGACCAGGACCCUGUGAGUUUCUCGGAUAUCAAGGACGAAUUGUUUGAUAUGAUCAAGCCUCAGGAACCGGAUCGUAUCACUUUGAAGGACCUGUGCAGGAGUGGACAAGGAGAUGUGCUUGUCAGUGUUCUGAUUGAUCUGAACGGGUUUUGGACCCACGAGAAUCGGGAAUUGAUGGAGUCGGAAUCUGUCGAGAUUCCUGCGAAUAGUGAUACUUCUGACAGCUCACCCGACAAAGAAAGCGCUAUGAAUUUGAGCGACUGCACGCUUUGUUUAGGAGCUUCGCGCGUCUGUGUUGAUAAAAUUGGAGAUUCGCGAUUCAGAGCGGGAUUUUCUCUUUUGACGAAGUCGACCCGUGUAUCUGCGUACCUGAAGGGAUCUCGGGCUGACACUGUGUUGAAGUCCAUUUGUAGUUCCUGUGUGAAUGAUCUCCAAAAACUGGUGGAAAUUGAGGAUGGAUUUGCUUGGAGGCUGUCUCUUAAACGUGAUCUCGAUCUGACUCGAGCGGAUUCCUGUGAUGACCAAGUGACGGAAAGGCCAUUCCUGGCGCCCAGCGCAUCUAAUCAUACAUCUCGCUCCAAAAAGAGAAUAGUUGGCAAGUUGCGCGAUUGUGGCAAGCACUGCUUUAUCUGUGCAGUCAAAUUCGAUUCAGAAAUGGAAGCUACGCAGCAUAUUGCCAAGCAUAUAUGGCCAGGACCAUUCGCGUGUGGAUACUGCCCCCCUGAUGCUAGGAAGUACACGAAUUCUGACUUGCUGAAAGAACAUGCGCUUUCGGGGCAUUUUGCACCCGAGUUUCACACAGCGAAUUCGAAGCGCCGUGACGUGCAACUCGUCAAGGAAUGUGAGCAGCUGAAGCCCAAGGUGAAGCUCGGUCGCAUGAAAUUUGCUGAACCACGAGUACAAAUGAUUGACUUCCGACUGGUUCCACCUGAUGUGAACCUGAAAUCUCUGGAGGACCAAGAUCGGCCACCUCGUUCGCGACGGAUGAGUGCGUCCAUGAAUGGUUCAGUUUCCCUAGCGAACCGUGUUCGUGAUCGCCGCUCGUCUGAGCGUGUUGAAACGCGAGGAGGGCAUCAAGACGAAUUUUUCGCGCCUCCGAUGAAGCGACUGUCCGUUGUUCUAUCGGACGCGAUUCUUCCUGAGCAUUAGGAUUUCAUGUUGGGUUGAAAUUUUUUUACGUAUGUCGCUUUUGAACCCCUCCUGAAAGGGAUCGGACUUUUCCAUGUGUGUGUGUGUGUGUGUUCGUUUUGCGAUUUCCAGAAAAUUUCGGUUGAAAUGAAAAGGUAUUACAUUAUAUCCACUUCUAA